AUGGCACAAGUAGUUAAACCAAGCGUAGCUCCUUCAAAUGCUACUUUUAAAGAUAAGGAAAAGCCACAAGAAGUUCGUAAAGCUAAUAUUUUAGCAGCAAGAGCCGUUUCAGAUGCAAUUAGAACUUCAUUAGGUCCAAAAGGGAUGGAUAAAAUGAUUAAAACCAAAAAUGGAGAAAUUAUUAUAUCAAAUGAUGGUGCAACUAUUUUAAAACAUAUGGCUGUUUUACAUCCUGCCGCAAGAAUGUUGGUUGAUGUAAGUCAUGCCCAAGAUGUUGAAGCUGGUGAUGGUACUACUACUGUUGCCAUUUUAACCGGAGCUUUAUUAGGUGCAGCUGAAAGAUUAUUAAAUAUUGGAAUCCAUCCUACUUUAAUUGCCGAAUCUUUCCAAAGAGCUGCUCAAAGAGCAGUACAAAUCUUAUUGGAUAUGUCAUAUAAAAUUAGCUUAGAAGAUAGAGAACAAUUAAUUAGAGCUGCCACUACUUCAUUGAGUUCAAAAAUUGUCUCCCAACAUUCUCAAUUAUUGGCUCCUUUAGCUGUUGAUUCAGUUUUAAAAGUUAUAAACAAAGAAGAUGACCUGCAAAAUGUUGAUUUGAAUGAUAUUAGAUUAAUCAAAAAAGUCGGUGGUACAAUUGAUGAUACUAAAUUAAUUGAUGGGGUUGUUUUAACUCAAAAUGUUGUUAAAAAUGCCGGUGGUCCAAUUAGAGUCGAAAAGGCAAAAAUUGGUUUAAUUCAAUUUCAAAUCUCCCCUCCAAAACCAGAUAUGGAAAACAAUGUUGUUGUUAAUGAUUAUAGACAAAUGGAUAAGAUUUUGAAAGAAGAAAGAGCAUACUUGUUGAAUAUUUGUAAAAAGAUCAAGAAAUCCAAAUGUAAUGUUUUAUUGAUUCAAAAAUCAAUUUUAAGAGAUGCUGUUAAUGAUUUGGCUUUGCAUUUUUUGGCCAAAUUAAACAUCAUGGUUAUUAAAGAUAUUGAAAGAGAUGAAAUUGAAUUCUUAUCAAAAGCUGUUGGAUGUAAACCAAUUGCUGAUAUUGAUAACUUCACUGAAGAUAGAUUGGGUACUGCUGAUUUAGUUGAAGAACUUGAAAGUUCUGGAUCCAAGAUUGUUGAAAUUACUGGUGUUACUUCUAAAAACAUUAAACCUACAGUGUCUGUUAUUGUAAGAGGUGCUAAUAAUUUAGUUCUUGAUGAAACUGAAAGAUCUUUACACGAUGCUUUAUGUGUAAUUAGAUGUUUGGUUAAAGAACAAGCCUUAAUUGCCGGUGGUGGUGCCCCAGAAAUUGAAGUUUCAAGACAAUUGAUGAAAGAAGCAAAUAAAUUAUCCGGUGUCGAACAAUUUGUUUACAAAGAGUUUGCUCAAGCUCUAGAAGUUAUCCCAACCACAUUAGCUGAAAAUGCUGGUUUAAACCCAAUAAAUGUUGUUACUGAUUUAAGAAAUAGACAUGAAAAUGGAGAAAAAGAUGCUGGUAUUUCUGUGAGAAGAGCCGGUGCUUCAAAUACUUAUGAUGAACAUGUUUUGCAACCAGUCUUGGUCAGUACAAGUGCCAUUGUCUUGGCUUCAGAAUGUGUUAAAUCUAUCUUGAGAAUCGAUGAUAUUCAAUUUAGUCGUUAA